AUACAUAUUCUUACUGAUCUCUCUCCCUAGCUUCUUCUAUCUCUUCUCCCUCUUUCCUCUCCUCUUCAGAUCAUUCCCUGCAUGCUGUCAUCCUCCAAUUCAUUUCAGACAGGGAUGCAUCUUUCUCGAUUCUUGCACAUAGCAAUACGCACAACCACACACACACAGAUAUGCUACCUUGGUCUGUGAUCUACUAGUUGCCUAGCUAGCUUAAUUGGGUUGCAACAAAAAGGCAGGCCACCUCAAUCACCAGCGCGCCCAUGAACUCCACAGAGAUGGAUCAACUAGGCAAGUACUUGGGCUUGUGGGGGCAAAGAAGAAGCAGCAGCAGCACUGCUGCGAGCCCCAUCCCUUCUUGGGCGGCAGCGUACGGCAGUGAGCCGUCGUGGGAGGAGCAGGCGUUCGCGCGCGACGCGGCGGCGCACCUCGGCGGCUGCGUGUGGCCGCCGCGCUCCUACUCAUGCAGCUUCUGCCAGCGCGAGUUCCGGUCGGCGCAGGCGCUCGGUGGUCACAUGAACGUCCACCGCCGCGACAGAGCUCUUCUGCGGCAGGGUUCGUCCCCCGAAGACGUCCAAGACAUGAGCGCCCCCCAUGAUCAACCACAGAAAGGGGUUCUCUUGUUCAGGGCAGCCUCUAACACUAGCACUACCACUACUAGUAGUAUUGCCGUCCCGUCAGCUAAGGGGGGUGUGAACAGUGGUAUCGCUCCUCCUCCUUCCUACCUAGCAACCAUCAUCAAGGAGAGCAAGACCAAGCUUUUCUUGUCGAUAUCGGCGCCUAUGGUGGUGAUGAGGGAAGAGGCAAUAGAUCAGGGCGAUCAUGACGACAACGAGGAGGAGCUGGGGAGGAUGAUGAAGAGGAGGCGUCUAGAUCAUCCGUCGGUAGAGCUUCCAAUCUUUGUGCAGCCGACAGCGGCGGCUUCCGAGGUGGCAACAAGUGAAUCACAGGGCCUACAGGGGCUUGAUCAAGAUGCAAAGGUAGCCAGAACAAUAAUCGCAAGCCCUAGCUCUAUUCCUCAUCUUUUGAAUCAACAAGAAGUAGAUCUAGAGCUGAGGCUUGGGACUACUCCAAAAGUUACAUGAUAUAAGCCAGUAAUUUUGCAUGCAAAACAAGAACACUUUAUCCAGUCUUUGAAGUUUGCCAGUGCUUCUGUUCGAUUGCUGUUUCCCCCUUUUAUUUUCUUUCUCCUUUUCCGCCUUCUCUUUCUGGGUUCUAUUUGAUCAAUUCGUGCAUUAUUUUUUGGCCAAAGGGGAAGUUCACAUAUAUUUCUGUCAAUCUCAAUUGUUGCACUCAUAGCAAUACAUAUGCAAUUGUUGUAGAACAAGUUACACAUAUGAGGCGUUCGAUCCGAAGUCUUGUAUCUUGUUGAACCGAUAUUUAUUGCUCAUAUAAUCAAGCUUCUUCUGCCUCUUCUUGUGUUGUUGUGUGUUCGAACAGUUCCAGGAUCAUAUUUAUACUUCCUGCUUUUGCUUCCUAAGAUAUACAUAAACACUUGAGUAUAUAUGAAACUCCUAAGAUGCACAUACACACUUGAGUAUGAAGAACUAUACAUUGACUUGAUCAUAUAUAUUCUUCACA